GCCGGCCGUUUGAUUUUAGCUCGCAGUUUGCCAGUCAAAUUUUUGUUGAUUUUUCAUUGCAAUUUCUAUUUUUUACUUUAUUUUGUGUACACAAAAUGUUUACCACAGACAUAAUUAAUUUAAAUAAGUCUCAAAUGUUUGAGAAAAUCCGCUCCAAUUUGCCGAACGAUGCGGGUAUUACCCAAAACUUGUUAGAAUGCAAAGAUGACCUGCUCUAUGCUUGGGACAGUGUAGAAUCGAGUAUUUUGGUUAUAAAUUGGCGGUUGGCACAUCUUAAAGGAUUCUCUGAGGUUAAACAUCAAACCCUAGUCCCCUCAACACCUCAUACCUUCAAAGUUGAGCGUCUGGUGGCUUCUAUCGAAGGAUCGCUUAUUGCCUUAGCCGGACCACAUGGACUCAAACUGCUGGAACUUCCUCGACGAUGGGGAGCAAAUGGUCAAUUCAUGGAUGGCAAGGAAAUCAUCACCUGCAGAUCGAACAACUUGGAUGAUCAUUUCUUCAGCAAUAAUCCUCACAUAGAAAUUCGUCAAGUUCGCUGGCAUCCUGCAUCGCCCACCGACUCGCAUCUCCUUGUAUUGCUCAGCGAUAACACUAUUCGAGUCUAUGAUAACUUUAACCUACGACAUGUGUGGCAAGUGGGGCCAUCUUUGAUGGUACAAACGACGCACAAUGGCAAUUCCACCACCAACCCAUCGUCGACCAAACUGCCUUCCCCCCAUUUUCUAGGCGAAUCGAGUGUUGAUUUUGAUAUUGGUCAAGCUGUGACUUCGUAUUCCGAUACAACGUUUGGCAACCUAAGCAUUUCUAAGUAUGGAGACGCAGAUGUCAGCAAUAGGAGAAAUAGUGUUGCAACCAAGGAUUCACUUUUAGGAGGCGAUUCGACCGCAAAACCAACAAAUGAAAAAGUCGAAUGGCCAAUUGUGGUUUUGAGAGAGAACGGCAAUAUUUACGUUUUGUGUGCUGGGAUUGAUAGCGAAAAACCACGACUCCAGGGACCCAUAACUAUACGACCCCAAACUAAUGACAACUAUGGGCUUGAUUCGUGUUCCAUUCUUCUUAUUCAAUCCCUUCCACCCACUGUUGUUAUAGCAGAGUCCACCGGAAAACUGCAUCAUGCCUUGCUCAUGCAAGCAGACGAUCAAGAACUCUCCUUCAAUGAAGUGGACUCUGGCCUCACAAUCCAUCCUUCUGAAUGGUCUUUGGAGGUUCUAGAAACCAUUGAACUUGAACUUGGAAUGAAAGAUGCCAAAAACGACCCAACUGCUCCAUACUCAUGUCCCAUCCAUCUAAAGAGAGACCCCAUCAAUGAGAUGCGUUACUUUGCCUAUCACAACACUGGCUUACAUGUUGUAACUAUCAAUUUCAUCGCUGAACUGGAGUUGUAUUUAGACGCAGAUGUAAUCUCGGACACUCCUCCACUCUCCAAUCGCUCACGGGCCGAAUAUCUUGUUUGCACCAAAAUCAGCACCGGAACUAAGGUCAAUGCAGUUCUGGGAUUUGUUAUUUUGCAAAUGCCGUCAGGAAUCGUCCUACUUUUGUCCAGUGGGCAGGUUAUAAGCUUAAACCUGGCCAUUGAUACUAAAUUGCUGCUGAACCCAACAGUCGAGUCCAACAACAACAAAGACACACGAAUAACUACCACGGACAAUACUUCGGGUCAAUCAUUUGUCGAACACAUCCAAAAUAUUCUCAAACGUUCGGUCACACAACCAAUUAUGUCUCUUGACAAAACAACUCAACCAAAACCCCAAGAGUCCUACGAACUUCUUGCUCAAACGAUCGAAGUCCUCCGGACGCAGUACAUGAAGAAGCAUGAGAUUGUGCGUGCUGAAUUCUUACAGAAAUGCAACACCAUUAGACUGCGCAAAGAACAGCAGAGAAAAGAAAUCGAAUAUUUGGAGAGACAAAGGGACUCGAUUCGAGAAAAUGCCCAUAGGCUGGCUGAGCGGUUUGAGGAAAUCAGUGAGACACAAGACUUGCUAUCGAAAAAAUGCCAAAACUACAUCAAACAAGCCAACACAUAUCUUCCGAGUAAUGCCCAGGCCGACAAGGAACUCGUCGAAGAGGUUGAAAAAAUAAACAAAAUAACCCAAAGCCUUGCGAAUGUCCCACAAAAGGCUAAAGAAAACAUCAACAGACAAUACUAUCACACUCAAAAGUAUCUUGAAACUUCCAAGAAUAAAUCAUUUGAUCUACCGGAGAAACAAGAAACAACUAUUAAGGAAAUCCUCAUGCAGAUGAUGGGAGAAAUUGAUGGACAGAUAAAAGAAGUCAAGCGGAUCAAUAACUUGCUUAAUUUGUAAGGAACUUUCUUAGAGUCUUCAUAGAUUAAAUAAAAUGUUUUCUUUAUUCGUUUCUUUAAA